AUGAAAGCUUACACUAAUAUGAUCAAGCUUUGGGGUGUUUUAUUACUUUUCAUAUCAAGAGUCACUGCCGGAAAAUUUCCACCCCUCGACUUACAUAUAGGUACGGGUGGUGAAUUUUUAGGUGCAGCAAAUCUACCACUGGGCGCACAGACUCUCUAUGGUACAGUUCGUCUCGGUCCCGGUACGAGUAAUUCAGAAGACACCCCAGCAGUGAUCAAUCGUUACGCCGGCUAUCAUUAUUAUGAUAAUUACAUAAAUAUGUUUUCACAUACACAUGUCCUUGGCGCUGGUAUUGUAGGUUAUGGUAAUGUUGGUAUCUUUCCAGUUCAAGUCAAUAAUGAUAAUGAUUUACAACAUGUCAUAGCAAAUAAACAUGGCUAUUGCAGUACAUUUGAACAUAAGAGCGAGAUAGUCGAACCCGGUUAUUAUCAAGUCUAUCUUGACACACAUAAAACCAAGGUCGAGCUAACAGCAACAGAACAAGUCGGUAUUCAUCGAUAUUCAUUUGAUGAUUUUAAUGAAAAACAUCGUGUCGUAUUGAUUGACAGUAGUUAUGCACUACCACCCUAUGGUUGUCAACAGAGUCAUGUCAAUAUUAAUUCAACAAGAAAUGACAUUACUGGAUCCAUUUUCUUUAAAGGAUUUCUUUCCAGAUCGUUUGGUGGAGUGACCACAUAUUUUGUAAUUAUAUUUACGAAUUGGACAGAUUUCGGUGUUUGGACAGAAGGUCGUCUAUUACAGGGUGAAACAACAGCUGAUGGAUGUUCAUCAGGUGCCUAUGUUAAACUACCUGCCAAUCAACAACAAGUCACAAUUUAUGUUGGUAUUAGUUUUGUAUCAAUUGAACAAGCACGUGACAACUUAGAGAUACAGACAAAACUAGAAUCAUUUGAUUCAAUUCGUGAUUGGAUAUAA